AUCCAUCCAAGCUACUCCAUGAGAGCUUAUUUAAUCUGUUAGUUUUAAACAAAUAGUUUUCUCAAAAGAUCACUUCAAGACUUAUUAUCGACUACUUUGCAGUGUUCAAAGUGAUCCGAAGUGAGUUGACGUGUCGUGGCGUGUGAAUCCUGUCGCAAACAACGCAAAAACUAAGAGGUUAGAUGUCACCCAGGCGGACUCGCACAGCGACAACGAUGGAUCAAUCACCGGAGCAAAGGACCACUAGAUCUAAGGCACAAAAACUAAAUAAUACCAACAGGGAUGCGAUUAAAUCGGUUGAGAAGAAAAGCCAGCAGUCACAGAGGAAGAAGAAAUCCUCCAACGUUAAGAGUGACUCAGAAGGCAAGCAGAGCCCAAAAUCAUCUAAAGCCAAGAAAAAAAAAUUCACUGAGUCCGUGAAGAAGAAAGGAUCCCAUCGGAAACUUAUAUUAACUGAGGAAGUGGAGGACAUGGGUAAGUUUCUACUGCAUGGAAAUCUGAGCACGAGUUCAAACGAACUACGAGUUAAGACAGAAUCAGAAGGUAAAGUGAGAAAUAAGAGCAAUACCAGUGUCCAAGUAAAGGAACUUACCAAAGAUGGUGGUUCCCCGUUGAAUAGUUCGCGUGACUUGAAACGGAAUAAGACGCCUAGCAAAAGGUUGAAAUGGAAAGUCGUUCUCACAGGUGUAAAUAUAUCACCCAGCAUGGUCACUCCUAAGAGCACACCACCUAAGCUCAGUCUGACGCCUCACAGGUCCAAGAAGACGCCGAAAAAAUCACCGAUCUCUUUAGGCUCCCCAAAGACGCACACAAAGGCUGUUCCGAGGUUAUUCAAGAGUCCAAGAAAAUUAUCUCUUUCUAGCAUAUCUGGUCUGGAAAAUACAGACAAGCCGAGUAGCGGCAAGACUCGCAAGAAGACGUCGAGUAAGAGCAAAAAGAACAGCUCGGGCGAAUUGUCUCCGUCUGAUAAGGAUUCAUCCGUGUCACCAGUAGAGAAAAGUAAACGUAAGAAGUCCAGUCUGAAUCCAAAGCCAACUGUACGCAGAUUUUCGAAUCAGUCGAAGAGAGCACUGAAACCCCAAAAAACGAAGAAAUCGAGCUCUCCCUCCAAGCUAAGAUUGUCCUCGCCACAUGUUGAUAAAGAUGCGUCGAAAAUGUCGAGCCCGAACACCACGCGAAGUCUGGAUGAUGCGAGAUCAUCGAGAACCAGUACGCCUUCAGCCAGAAACCGAACGUUAUUGGCGAUUAAACGUCGAUUGAAUCCAAAACUGAGACUGCCACAAAUGACAGCUUCGCAAAUAAAGCAUGUACUAGCGGGACCAGUGGUGUUAGUAGAGAAAUUACCAUCCGAGAACAUACGCAGUACGUCAACAAUUAGCAGGACUACAUCAAAUACCUCGAUCAAAGUAAAAUCUCCCUUAACGGAGAGACGGAACAGCUCCAAGAAAUUAACACCGAUUAUAACGAAAUCUCCCGGGAAGUUGAACGUGUUUGCUGACCGGAAUUCGGGUUCCAAAUUAAAGCCUAGUCGCGCGGGGGGAUCUACCGACAGACUAUCACCGAGGAACAAAGAGAACACAUUAACGCAAAAAAAAGAGAGGUCGUCGAUACCGUUAAUGUCGUCCACUCCGCGAGAGGAGAAGAUACCGCUAAUGGAUAUGAAUCUAACGUCUGCUACGCCUAUUUUAUCUCUGACUAACGUGUCUUUCAAUACCAGAUCAAGUCGCUCGAACACGCGGCUGUCCGAUAUAAUGGAUAAGAGUACAAUCAUUGCGAAUAUAUCUAGGCCUUCUCUAAUGGGUAGAAGUGUCAACGGUGCUAGUCGAUCUUAUUUGUCAAAUGACACGAUCCAGCAAACAGCUUACGAAACUGCUACUCCAUUAAAAGAGGACAAAAAUAAAAAGGAUAAUACCUACGAGUUGGAACAGUCACGGACAGUAAAUUUGCAACGGAUGAUCAGGAAGCGUAGCUCAACCGACGCGAAUUUAACUCCCAAAAUGGACAACAAAAAGACUAAGGUGUGCUUCGUGAAUGGGACAUCCGACACAAACAGUGCUGGUAAGUCAAUCAAGUGGACUGCAUCGCGAUCAAGCGUAUCACAGAAUAACACGCGAAGUAGUAUCACGAGUUCGGCGCACAAAUUGAGGCAGAUGGAAAUUCCGAAGUUUCGUCGAAGUCCGUUAGUUUCCGCUCUCAAGAGAAAAUCAAGUCUGUUGAAAAGUGAGAGCACGCCGACUACUAGAUUGAACAUGACUCAAAAUACGCCCAAGACUUUUGGCUCGGUCUUAAAGAAGUCAGAGAAGAAAUCAUCGGUGAAAAAGAAACCGGACUUCGCGAAAAUACAUGAAAGAAUGUUUGCCAGAUCGGAGUCCCUUGUAGACGCGAAGAAACGUUUGGAGAGCAGACACAUGGCUGUUUUUGGGAACAAAGCUGCUCCCAAAGCAGAUGAGUCAAAGAAGGAGGAGAAGAAACCAUUGCCAAGUGAUACAAAUGACGGCACACAUAACAGAUUCGGAUUCAAGCUGAGAAAGACUGAAGCUGUUAAGAUUAUGUCGAAGAAGCAACCUUCUCUCUCGAGGCAAAAACAACAACAAAAAGCGCGAAUGGUGCUAAAAGGUGUACGAACAAAUCGACGCUUCGAAUUGCAAAUGAAGUCUCGCAAUCUAAAUGUGUAAUGUGAGACCACGGUCUUACUUUUUUCAUGCACAGUAUUGAUUUAUCAUCAUAUUGAUCUGCAAAUAAAAUAUGAAAAAAUAAAACAUAUUUCCUUCUACACAACACGUAUGUACAUGAAUUUAUAUUUGCGAUAAGUCUAACUUGUAUCUAUACAAAUUCUUUAUUUUCUAGUACAAUCACAUUAUACCGAUAAGAUUUGAAUUGUUCUAAAAAUCUUUGCUUAAAAAGUAUUAAUAUAAUUGGCGUAAGAGAAUGGUAAGGAUUUAAUAGCGGGUACAGUAACUUGUGUUUUUUAAGGUAUCAUCAUUAUAACGCAUUUUUAUCAAUUGUUAAUCCAUCGAUCAUUUUUGAGUAUCGAGAUCUCGAUUUGUCGGUAAAAAAUCGACUUUGCUUCUGUAUAGCUUAGUUAUAUUAAAAAAUUUUAAGUUCUUGAUCUAUUUCUGAAUCUAUAUUUCUGAUUUAAUUGGCCAUUAAAAAGAUAAUUUAUUUCUAAUAAAAUGUAUCAUAAGUUAUUAUUAUUGCUACUACUAACGGUAUUGUCGUAUGCACUCAAUGUCUCAAGAUUUUAAUUAAUAAAACUAAUAAUAUAUCUUGUAACAAAUGAAAUCUGCACAAGUUUGUAAAUGUGAAGAAUAAAGAGAAGUUAUUUCGAAAA